AUGGACGAACUUGCAGGAUCUGAAAGCCAACACGACAGCCUGGCUUCAUCCCAACCGCACAGCAACAGCACGAUUAAACAUGGACUAGAGGCCUACUAUGAGGAGGAAGGCAAGCUUGUGGGGGACAUUGUAUCUGAUUCUUACUCACAAUACUUAGAUGAAAGAAACCAACUGCUUGGGAAUUGGGUACCGGGUCCUGAAUUCGAAGGAUUACAACGGGAUUUGAUGCCCGACAUGCAGGAUUCGAGUCAAGAUCAACAGAGUGAUCCCGUCCUUCAGUCCUUCUUACAACGUGCUUUACGCGACAAAGAAUCCUUGAGCAAUUCAAUCACAUCCUCUGAGGCCGUCAAUGAUGAUAUAGGGAUACAUCCCCUGGACUCGGAUUGUGCUAUCUGUGGUCUCCCAGACAUUGAAAAUUGCGAGUGUGAGGCGAGAGCCCUAUCUCCCGAGUCCGAGAUGGAAUGGCCCGAAUCUAUUCGGAGUUAUGUUCAAAGAUCCUUUGUCCCUUUCCACGAAAAUGAGGAAACAACUGUCCCUCGUGCGGAUGUCGAGGCUAAGCUUAAGAACACCAUCACUACCGCAAAGGAGAAUGGCACGUUAUACACACUCGACUGGGACAACAUGCCCCUCCCGCAGGCCCUAAUCAUGGCCGAACGCGAUGUGGAUAAUAAGCAGACAUAG